CGACACAUAUUUUUUUUCAUUCCUUUAUAUUGGCGCAUUAGUGUGUUAUUUUGGUAUUCAACUUGCUUGCUGAUCCAUCUCAUAAUCAUAUCAAUUUGAUGGGUAGUAUAACUGUUACUAAGGACCAACUUCUUCACUUUAGCCAUGAGCACCCGCUCAGCCUUGUGCAUCUGCAGCAGCCGAAUCACAAAAAUGAAAGUUCUGAAGAUGAAGAUGAAGAGAAAGAAGAUUUUGUUGAGGAACUCUGUCAUGGUGGCCGAUGCGGCCUAUGUAAAGAACAAAUCUGGUCAUUUCAUUUGUGUUACUACUACUGCAAGUCUUGUCACUACUCAUUGCACACAUUUUGCGCACAACUACCUAAGACCAAACAAAAUUGCCCAUCAGAUCCCGGUCACACUCUUACAUGUCAUUAUUAUUAUUUUCGUGAUUAUCUUGAUGUUGAAACUGGUGAUGAUUAUGAACAUGAUUAUGAGUGCUUUGUUUGCAAACUUGAGUGUCGCAAUGCCGGUUUUUAUUAUUGUCACGACUGUGGCUACUGCAUUGAUGUAAUUUGUGAUACGAUGUCGGAGCAGAAGAUAAAGCACCCUAGUCACCCUCACCAACUGGAACGAAUGUUCGGGCACAUAGCAUCAGUUUGUGUAGCUUGUGGUAAUAAACAUGAAGGGGUCUUCUUUCAGUGUACUACUUGUUCUACAUUUCGGAUCCACCUUGACUGUGCUUUGCUGCCCACUAAGUUACUAAUACAAACUAGUACUAAUGGGACUUUCAAUCAUUCACAUCCACUUACCCUCACCUAUUUCUUUCCAUUGGACGAAUUGAGAGCUAAGUAUUAUCCUGUUUGUAGAGUUUGUAAUCAGAGGUUCCAUUUUAGUUUAUGGAAUUACAGAUGCGAUAAAUGCCUCUAUUACGUGCAUGUUGAUUGUGCAACUUCAAAGACAGAGCCAUUUAUGUCCAUCUUCCUACCUGCAGGCCUUGGCAAAACCUUUAAAAAUUAUAAAGAAGAUGAACAUGUGAAUCUGCUACGGUGUCCAUUUCAAGAUGAAGGUGACAACCUUUUGAGGCGCUAUAUGUCUAAUCAAAAGGAGGUUAUUGGUAAACAACGCGAUGGUGAAAUUCUCAACUAUUCCGGUCAUCAACACCCACUCAUCCUUUUCGACAAACAAACAUCAGUUGGUAGAAAAAUGGUUUCUCUACACGACCCCACGAAGAAAGUUCAACUAUUGUGUGAUGGAUGUGUGAGACCGAUCAUGACAGUUCCUUUUUACACAUGUUGUCAAUAUGCUGACGAACAAUGCUGUUUUGUUCUUCAUGAAUGGUGCGCCAACCUACCCUCUCAAAUACAAGACUACGCGGGGCAUCCUGAGCAUACUCUCGUUCUCUUUCAAAAAAUCCCUAGUAAGUUCUUUGGUGUGUUCGACUGUGAAGUUUGCGGGUUAAAAUCCAAUGGUUUUGCGUAUGGAUGCGCAACAUGCAAUUAUUAUGUUGAUAUCAAUUGUGCAUUCAUACCGGAAGAAAUCACACAUGACGCUCAUCCUGAUCAUCUCCUAUUGAAAGCAAAACCUUCCGAAAUCUUGAAUUAUUGCAAAGCAUGUAACAAUCAGAUCUACAUGGAGUUCAGUUUCAAAUGUACCUCUUGUGAUUUCUGGAUUCAUGUAACGUGUGCCUUGUUAUUGCCUAGAGUGAUUAAGCACAAGUGCGACAGACAUCCUUUGAGCCUAAGAUACGAACCUGCCGAGAACCAUAUUGCCAACUACUUUUGUGAAAUAUGUGAGGAUAAAUUAAACCCGUGGAGGUGGUUCUAUCAUUGCACCACAUGUGCCCAGUCUAUGCACACUGCUUGUAUGCCAUUAAUACUUCAAUACGAGCAAGCUGGAUAUUGUUAUGAUUUUGGAGGCGUCUAUGAGUUUCUCAACAUCAAAUUUGGAGGAACGCUUGAGAUCAAAGAUCACCCACACCGUUUGAGCUUUGUUCAAGGAGUUGAGAGCGAUGGCGAUUGCAGCAAUAGCAAUUGCGGUGAGUAUUUUAAUGAAUUGGAGUCUGGAUUGAUCUUCAAGUGCCUGGAGUGUGAGUUUGCAUUACAUUAUGAGUGUGUUUCUUCAUUUGCAUGUUAAUUUAUUUCUUUGGCGCAGCCAUACACCGUUGUAACCUUUUUUAUGUGUGUCCAGUCAUUUCUUUUGGCUAGUUUGGUUUCCAUCUUUUAUAAUUUAGUGUCAACAACCAACUUAUCCAUUUGUUUAAAAACACUAUCAUCCUCUCCAUCCAUCAUAUAUAAUCUUAUUGCAUGUUUUAUCUU